GAAGAUUUUUACGCCAUAAUUUUUUUGUCGUAAAAAUAAUAUGAUUGUUCGUUUUAAUGCUCUAUCAAUUUGCUAAGAACUUUUACAAGUAGCAGCGAUGGGUUGGAGUCUACUUCUUUCUGUGCUGUAUGCCGUCCAAGUGGCUACUGGACAGGAGUACCUGCUCCCUGGUGAUGUUCGUCCCACCCACUAUGACAUCAGAGUGGUGUACGAUAUAGAUCCUGCGACCAACUUCAGUUUCUAUGGACUUGUUGAUAUAUCGAUAACUGCUGUCAAGCCUACAUCCAAAAUAAUUCUCCACGCACAAGACUUCACCAUUGCAAAUGAUGACAUUAAGAUCAGCGGUCAAAGUGACUCGCCCCAAGUGUCGAUGAGCAAGUUAAAUGACACAUACAACUUGCUCUCACUCGAGUUGAAUGGAGAACUACGGCAGAAUGAGAAUUACAUAUUAACCAUACCUUUUAGUGGUAAUUUGAAGCCUGGUUUGGAUGGCGUAUAUAUAAGUUCAUAUAUUAAUAAGAAGACUAAAACGAAAGAGUACCUCAUCACAACUCAGUUCGAAGCUAUAGAUGCUCGGAAAGGUUUUCCGUGCUUCGAUGAGCCGAUGUACAAAGCGACGUAUACGAUAACUAUCGGUCACCAUCGGGAUUAUACAGCCGUCUCCAACAUGCCCGUGCGUGCCAGCAGUGAUGAAAAUGAACUAGAAUCAUAUUGGAGAUGGGAAACUAUUGGCACGACAUUUGGCAAAUCGAAGUCCCAAUUCGUAUGGGAUACCUUCGAGAAGUCGGUGCCGAUGUCUACAUAUCUGGUGGCGUUUGUGGUCUCCAAGUUCUCUUACGUGGACAGUCCUCCGAUGCUAUCCACCACGAAGUUUAGGAUCUUUGCUAGAAAGGAUGCUAUAGAUCAAACAGCAUACGCAGCGGAAGUGGGUCCUAAGGUGUUGACAUACUUCGAGAAUUGGUUUAACGUGUCGUUCCCGCUUCCGAAGCAAGACAUGGUCGCCAUCCCUGAUUUUUCUGCUGGUGCUAUGGAAAACUGGGGUCUCAUUACAUACAGAGAAACAGCCCUGCUCUAUGAUAAGCAGGAAUCGUCGUUCUUAAAUAAGGAGAGAGUUGCGGAGGUUAUCGCCCACGAAUUAGCUCACCAAUGGUUUGGAAAUCUCGUCACAAUGAAGUGGUGGUCUGACCUAUGGUUGAACGAAGGAUUUGCAACUUUUAUGGCGUCUAAAGGUGUUGAUGAAGUGGAACCGACCUGGAGAGCUGAUAGAAACUACGCCGUGGAUAAUAUUCUGUCUGUGCUCAACUUGGAUUCUUUGGAGUCAUCUCACCCCGUUUCAGUACCGAUUGACGAUCCUAAACGUAUAUCGGAAGUAUUCGAUGAGAUCUCAUAUCGCAAGGGCUCAACUCUUAUCCGAAUGAUGACUAUGUUCUUAGGCGAAAAUAUUUUUAAACAAGCUCUUCACAACUAUUUAGUUAAAUAUUCGUAUCAGAACGCUGAGCAAGAUGACCUUUGGCGUGAAUUGACUGCGGUGAGUCAAGCUCAUGGUGGACUAGCCCGCAAUGUGUCGGUAAAAGAAGUAAUGGAUACGUGGACCACGCAGACUGGAUAUCCUCUAUUGACUGUCUCCAGGGAUUAUAGCCGUAAUUCACUCACUGUGACACAGAAACGUUAUCUAGCUCUGAGUGCUCGGUCUCCAUCUCCGUCGUCAUGGUGGGUGCCUCUUCGUGUAUUGUGUGCAAGUGAUGACCCGGAAUCAAACGAGCCCAUUGAGUGGCUCGCUGCCAACGAAGGAAUCACCUCCGAACACAAGUUUGAGCACGGUGCCGAUCCUGAUGAGUGGGUGCUGUUCAAUGCUGACAUGAUUGCUCCGUACCGAGUGAACUACGACAAGAACAACUGGCAGCUUCUCGUGACCGCUCUAAAUGACAACCCCAGCGCAGUGCCGGUGCUGGGCCGAGUACAACUACUAUCUGAUGCCUUUGCACUCGCCUGGACCAACAUCUUGGAUUACCACACUGCACUGCAAUUAUCAAACUAUCUGCGAAAAGAAACAGAAUAUCUCCCACUCUCAACUGGAUUAAGAGCACUCAGUAAGAUUGAAAACGUGUUAAAAAGAUCCCCAGACUAUGGUGCCUUCCAGAAAUUUGUUAGGAGGCUGAUCGGUGAAACUUAUCUUAAAGUCGGCGGACUAGCCACUAAGAAGAUACUUAAUGGAGAUGAUUUGAAUAGUGUCAAAUUACAGACGACAACGAGUGCUUGGGCCUGUCGCAUGAAAGUUCCUGGUUGCGAGGAAAAUGCAAUAGAACUUUUCCAAACCUGGAUGGAGACUGAUAAUCCCGAUGAGAACAAUCCCAUCCCGUUGGACCUACGUCGUACUGUAUACUGCGUGGCUGUGUCACGAGGAAGCGUGCUGCAGUGGCGGUUCGUGCUCGCCCGCAAGCAGCGCGCCAAUGUGGCCGUCGCACGCGAUGCUCUGCUGUAUGCGCUCGCCUGCACGCGCGAAGUAUGGAUCCUUACACAAUAUCUAGAGUGGUCGAUAACAGAUGAGUCGGAAGUACGUCGUCAGGAUGCAGCAGCAGUCAUCACUGCAGUGACGCGCUCUACUGUGGGCUAUUACAUCGCCAGAGAUUUCAUAUACAACCGCGUAGAGGACAUCUUCAACGCAUUCAGCGGUCAAGGACGACGUCUUGGCUUCAUCAUCAAGACUCUGUUGGAACAAUUUACAACUCAGAGGGAACUUGACGAGUUCCUAAAAUGGCGCGAGAGCAAUGGAAAAUACCUAGAGGAAGCCAAACUGUCUGUAAAUCAAGCGAUAGAAAAGGCGACAGUGAAUAUCGCGUGGCUGACCAAGAAUAGAAGUUCCGUCGUCGAGAAACUGCGGGAAUUGUCUAAUUUCUCCGUGGAACCACCUGUUUCGCUGUGGCGUGGACGACCUGCCUUGAUAUCAUCGAUAUUCGCAAUACAUAAUAUAUCUAGUGUACUUUAAUUAAAUAAUAUAACUGUGUAAAUUGACUGAGUUCAGAAAAGUAAUAGAAUAUGGGUGUAAUACAUAAUCAAUUAUUUGUAUAUAAAAAUUACAUACGUCAUAUCAUAAAGUAGUAAAUAUUGUUAUUAGAAGAGAAUUUAUGAUUGGUAGGAUUAGGUACAUUAGGCAAAAUCAAA